AUGAAGCUGCUCGUGCUGGCUGCCUGGCUCUCAGUGGCCACCACAGAGGAUGUCUUCAGCGUGGGGAUUUCUCCGCAGAUGGCGACAAUGGUCGCCUGUCUGGACCCUGAUAUACCUCCAACAGAUUAUAUCAAGUAUGGCUGCUACUGUGGUGGGGGUAAAUCGGGUUCCCCCGUGGACGAACAGGACAGCCAUGCUCACAUCUGUGUCCUCAGCAGCAGCCUAGGGGAGGUUGUCCUACGCCAUCUGUGCUGCCAGGAACUCAACAGCUGCUGGAACCAAGCCACAGAGAUGGAAAACUGCAGCUCUACCCUGGACACCUACAUUAAAUCCUACUCCUACUUCUGCGCCGCCUCUGUGAUCACCUGCAGUGGCGAGAGCAAUCCUUGCGAGGAUUUCAUCUGCAAUUGUGACCGCACUGCAGCCAUGUGCUUUAUCAAGGCCCCAAGGCCCCAAGAAAAAUACUAUAACCUGGACAGAAAGAAGUACUGUCAGGAUUGA